CCUCUCACCUUUACCCUGUCGGUGAGCUGACGUCCGCCAUUUUGUUUUGCGUCUCGUCUUGCGUUUUUCAUAUCCUCCAAACUGACGCGAUUUUUACCGAUUUGUAGGAGUCUUGGAGACCGCUUACUUCCAUAGACCUUCAGAGAUGGAGGAGUUCUCAUUUGUGCCUUCCGUUAAAGAGCUUCAUGCGGAACGAGCUGCGAACGAGACGCACAUCAAAGAGGAGCCGACAGGAGACACUGGAUGGCAACAGGAUGGACAAGAGAACGUGCUGUGCCAGGAAACGUACAACUACCAACCAACCGGACAAUCUUGGAGCGAGACUUACAACAGUUGGGAGCAGACAACUGACAUGGGUCGGCAGCAGGACGAGGAAAGGGACGCUCCAAACGACGAAACUUGCGGUGUAAAAACGGAAAUGGAAGAGUUCAGCUGUGAGCUUUCUUCUGCAGAACUGGGUGCUGGGCAUCCUGGGAAGGAGAUGGACUGUACAGAACAUCCUGGGAAGGAGAGUGACAGCAGGGAGACCCAGACAACAGACAUGGGCCUGCAGCAGGAAACGUGUGAUGUGAACUUUCCCCAACCAGACAACACAUCAACCUCACAGGUACAGGACAGCAAAGGCUAUACGGGAAGGCAUGUGGUUAAACACACCGGUGAGAAACCCUACAUGUGUGGGGAGUGUGGGUACAGGACAGAAAGAAAGUCUAACUUAUCCCAACAUACUAGGACCCAUACAGGAGAAAAACCCUACAAGUGUGAUCAGUGUGACUAUUCUGCUGCACGGAAGUCGUCUUUGGAUAAACAUCUACAAAUACACAGUGGUGAGAAACCCUACAUGUGUGGGGAGUGUGGGUACAGGACAUCUCAAAAGUCUUACUUAUCCAGACACAUGAGAACCCACACAGGAGGGAAACCUUACAAGUGUGAUCAGUGUGACUAUUCUGCAGCACAAAAACCCCACUUGGAUCGACACCUAAGAAAACACAGUGGUGAGAAACCCUACAUGUGUGGGGAGUGUGGGUACAGGACAUCUCAAAAGUCUUACUUAUCCAGACACAUGAGAACCCACACAGGAGAAAAACCCUACAAGUGUGACCAGUGCGACUAUUCUGCUGCACACAAAUCCCACCUCGACCGACACCUAAGAAAACACACCGGUGAGAAACCCUACAUGUGUGGGGAGUGUGGGUACAGGGCAACUCUAAAAUCUCUCUUAUCCAAACACAUGACAACCCACACAGGAGAGAAAUCUUACAAGUGUGACCAGUGUGACUAUUUUGCAGCACGGAAAUCCAAUUUGGACCGACAUCUAAGAACACAUACUGGUGAGAAACCCUACAUGUGUGGCGAAUGUGGGUACAGGGCAGCUCAAAUGUCUGACUUGUCCAAACACAUGAGAACCCACACAGGAGAAAAACCCUACAAGUGUGACCAGUGUGACUAUUCUGCUGCAGACCAAUCAUGGUUGGUCAAACAUAAAAGAAAACACACCGGAGAAAAACCCUACAAGUGCGAUCAGUGCGACUAUUCGGCAGCAGUGAAACAUCAUCUGAUCGACCAUCAAACAAGACAUUCCGGUGAGAAACCCUACAUGUGUGGGGAGUGUGGGUACAGAGCGGCUCAAAGAGCUACCUUAUCCAAUCACAUGAAAACCCAUACACUAUGGAGAAAAACGCCACAAGUGUGACCAGAGUGACUAUGCUGUUACAAAUAAAUCCUCCUUAAACCGACAUGUGAGAAAGCACAGUAAACAGACCUAGACUUGAGGAGUGUGUGGGAACAAGUCAACUCAAAUGUCUAAAACCUACUAUAUAAGAACCCACAGAGGAG